AUGGUAUCAACAAAAUUUGAAUUAUUACCUAAAGGAAUAUCACUUCAAUCUUUUCAUUAUCUCAAUAUCAUCGAUAUUUUUCAUUCAUUUGAUCAAUUAAAUUCUCAAUUCAAUAUUCUCAUCAGAAAUAUUCCAUUCGCUUUAAGUUUACAAAAUGUUCAAAAUAAAUUUCAAUGUGAACAAUUUUUGUCACAAAUACAAACAUUGAUCACACUAUCAGCAUCAAUCCCUGAAACGAUUUCAGGUGGUCAAUGGUCAUCGAUUGUGCAUUUAUCGAUCUUUGGCUGUGGUUUGGACGAUUUAUUUGUUCUAUUCACUAAUAUGCCCAAACUGAAGUAUUUGCGAAUAGAAAAUGUUUCAGGUGAUGUGACAAAUGCGACAAUAAAUUCUAUUGGAAAUAAUAAGAGUCUUGUAAAUAAUAUGAAAACGUUACAUAUUGAUUGCUUAAACAGUAGCAUUGAUUAUCUAUCUCAGUUAUUAGAACGAGCACCAAAUUUAGAAAAUUUGAUACUAUUCAGUUUUCAUGAUCCGAGUAUCAUAGAUGCUUCUAGAUGGAAAACUUCGAUAGUAUCUUCGUUACGACAUUUAAAGAAUUCCAAAUUCAAAUUUAACGUCAAUGAUUUUCAACAAAACAAUAUUAAUGAAGAAAGCUUGAAAGAAUUUCAGAAUAGUUUUUGGUAUAAUGAGCGUCGUUGGUACACCGAAUAUUUCAUAUCGAAUAUUUUCGAUGUAGGAUAA